CCCCCAUCCCCCCGUUCCCCCGUCCCACAGCCCCCGGUCUCGGCCGCUCGCCGACGGGAGGAGAAAACCUUGCUGGGUUCAUGUGAGAGAUGGCGAAUGCCGAGGUGAGCGUCCCUGUGGGUGAUGUGGUGGUUGUACCAAGUGACGGGAAUGAAGGGGAGAACCCGGAGGAUACCAAAACCCAAGUGAUCUUGCAGCUCCAGCCGGUGCAGCAAGGGAUUUACCAAGAGGGCUCUGAGGCCAGCGCUGCUGUGGUGGCCGUGGAAACCCACACCAUCCACAAGCUGGAAGAAGGGAUUGACCCCAGCACCCUUGAAACGAGUGAGGAAAUUGAGAUUGCCUAUCCCAUCACCUGUGGGGAGAGCAAAGCCAUCCUUCUCUGGAAGAAGUUUGUUUGUCCAGGAAUUAAUGUCAAGUGUGUGAAGUUCAAUGACCAACUGAUUAGCCCAAAGCACUUUGUUCACUUGGCUGGGAAGUCUACCCUGAAGGAUUGGAAGAGAGCCAUUCGCCUUGGAGGAAUCAUGCUAAGGAAGAUGAUGGAUUCGGGGCAAAUUGACUUCUACCAACAUGACAAAGUUUGCACCAACACCUGUCGAAGCACCAAGUUUGAUCUCCUGAUUAGCAGCGCCAGAGCACCAGUGCCAGGGCAGCAGAGUGUGGUGCAGACUCCAACCUCAGCUGAUGGGAGUAUCACCCAGAUCGCGCUGUCAGAGGAGAGUAUGGAGGAGGGGAUCGAGUGGAACUCGGCUCUGACAGCUGCUGUCACCAUGGCCACUGAGGAAGGCAUGAAAAAGGAUACAGAUGAGAUCUCAGAGGAUACGCUUAUGUUCUGGAAAGGAAUAGCUGACGUGGGGCUGAUGGAAGAGGUGGUGUGCAACAUCCAGAAGGAGAUAGAAGAAGUCCUAAGAGGUGUGCAGCAGCGAUUGGGGCAGUCUCCCUUCCAGAUAACAGAUGCUGCAGUCCUGAACAAUGUUGCCCAUACAUUUGGCUUAAUGGACACAAUCAAGAAGGUACUGGACAACAGGAAAAACCAGACAGAGCAAGGAGAGGAGCAGUUUCUUUACACACUGGCAGACCUGGAGCGGCAGCUGGAAGAACAGAAGAAACUUGCCAGGGACCAGAAGGCCAAGUCCCAAACCAUCCAGAAUGUGGUGCUGAUGCCCAUGAGCGCUCCCAAGCCCCCCAAGAGACCCCGUCUGCAGCGCCCAGCCUCUGCCACCAUCCUCAGCCCCUCCACUCCUAUCCAGCAGCCUCAGUUCACUGUCAUCUCCCCUAUCGCCAUCACGCCUGUUGGGCAACAGUUCUCUGUGGGCAACAUCCCAGUGGCAACCCUCAGCCAAGGCUCCAGCCCGGUAACUGUUCAUACUUUGCCAUCUGGCUCCCAGCUCUUCCGAUAUGCCACCGUGGUUUCAUCCUCCAAGACCAGUUCUUCGGACACUGUCACCCUGCACCCAUCCUCCAGCCUGGCACUGCUGAGCUCAGCAGCCAUGCAGGAGAGCGGGGCCCUGGCCAACAUGGCAGCCGUGGUCAACCCUGUGGAACUGGUGGCCAUGGAGUCUGGCAUCACUUCCACCAUCCAAGCUGUGGAAGGCACCUCGGACGAUGGGCAGACUAUCAUAGAGAUUGAUCCGGCACCAGAUCCUGAGGCAGACACAGACGAAUCAGAGGGCAAAGCUGUGAUCCUGGAGACAGAGCUGAGGACUGAGGAGAAAGUGGUGGGGAAUGUGGAAGACCAUCAGCACCAGAUCCAUAAUGUGGAGAUUGUGGUCUUGGAAGACUAGUGGGGAAAGCAAGCAUCAGUUAGGGGAAGAGUUGGGAAUUUGUUUUAUUUCAGACUUUUUUGUUAAGCAUCUUUUCCAGCCACCCCAUUUGUUACCAUGGAUAUUUUCAUUGUACUGUAUAUUUUUAUAUAUAUAUAUUAAUAUAUAUAUAUAUAUAUUUAUAUAUA